GCCCACGUUCGAGAUCGCAAGAUUUUCAGUUUGGGAGAGCGCUUAACGAGGAAGGGAAGGAUGAGUGUGACAUAACUGGUGCUGUUCCGACAUCCACACCCUGAGAAACGUAUUAAACUCUAAACCAUCCACCGAACUAUCGUGCAAAAUGGGGAAUCGUGUAGUUCGCGAAGAUUUUGAGUGGGUUUAUACAGAUCAGCCUCACGCGGACCGGAGGAAAGACAUUUUAGACUGCCGGUACAUUAGUAACAGCGAGAGUUUGAGGCGGGACUAUCGUUUUUGUCCGGCCAAUGGAAGAUGGGGAGAGUAGUAAUAUCCAAUAUUACAAUGUUGCCAUGAUGCCCUGAAGACCUGUAAACAUUCUAAAUAUCCAGAGAUCAAGUCUCUGAUGGGACCUGACCCUAGACUGAAAUGGAUCGUCUGUGUGAUGGUUGGGGUCCAGUUUUUGGCGUUCUACCUGGUGAAGGACCUGCCCUGGAAAUGGGUCUUCUUCUGGACAUAUGUGUUUGGGAGUUGCAUAAACCAUUCAAUGACACUAGCUAUUCAUGAGAUUUCUCACAACACUGCUUUCGGUAACAACCGUGCAAAAUGGAACCGCUGGUUUGCCAUUUUUGCCAAUCUUCCCAUUGGGCUGCCUUACUCUGCAUCCUUUAAACGCUACCACCUAGACCAUCAUCGGUACUUGGGUGGAGACGGUGUGGAUGUUGACAUCCCCACUGAUUUCGAGGGCUGGUUCUUCUGCACCCGCAUCCGCAAGCUAAUCUGGAUUAUGUUUCAGCCACUGUUUUACGCUAUCCGUCCCCUCUGCAUCAACCCGAAGCCCAUCAGUCAGCUAGAGCUCACGAAUGUGGCUGUACAGUUCACGUUUAAUGCUCUGCUCUACUGGAUGUGGGGUGCCAAGCCCUUGGUCUACAUGAUGAUGGGGACGAUGUUAGGGAUGGGUCUCCAUCCCAUCUCAGGACACUUUAUUGCUGAGCAUUAUAUGUUUCUCAAAGGCCACGAGACCUACUCUUACUAUGGAUCGCUCAACCUGCUCACCUUUAAUGUUGGCUACCACAACGAGCACCAUGACUUCCCCAGCAUACCAGGACGCAAACUACCCAUGGUGAAGAAAAUAGCAGAAGAAUACUACAAAGAUCUCCCAUGUUACACGUCAUGGGUGAAGGUUCUGUAUGACUUUAUCAUGGAUGAUGAAUUGAGCCCGUACUCACGUGUGAAGAGAAGACUUACAGGGGAUAUCAAACAAGAGUAACACCUGAACUAUCACUGAGCACAACAACUGGAACCCAUUUCUGCUUACCCGCACAAAACCGCAUACUGUUUGAAUAUAUCACUCACCAACUAAAGUGUGAAAGAGAUAUUAGUGUGAUUCUAGUCUUCAUUUCAAACUUAGUGACAGAAAUGAAAUUGCAACAUUACUGUUUGUAUUUAGCUGGUGUGCUUUUUUAUUAUUAUUUUUUUUUUUAUUACAUUUUAAUUCUAAACCAUUUUGCACAUGGUCUGAAGUCUGGGCUGUUUUCAUGUUUUGCAUUUGAAUACUAAUGUUUCUACAUUUUUAUAUGCUAUAUGAUAAUAUUUUCCCCAUAUAAGAGCUUUUAAUAUGACAAACAUUAAUGUGAAAUUUGAAACUUCAUAUACUGUUACAAUCAUACUGUGUGAUUAACACGUGAAUAAGGAGCUGCUGUAUGUAGAGAGAGCUCACGGGUAUAAAAUUCUAAAAGUGUAAUUUGCAACAUAACAUAUUGUCUUCAAGACAAUGCCUGUUAAAUAAGGUUAGACAGUGCUUAGUGGUACAAUCUGUGAUCAUAUGAAAAUGUUAUAUUGGAUUUAGCACCACAAGUACUUGAUGCUCUAAAUGUUACUUGUUUCUUGGCCUGUGGCUUUUUUAUGCCUCCAUUAUUUCACCAAUUACCAAAAUAAACUGACGUACUAUGUCAGCAUUUCUACAUUUUA